GGAAAUCAUUUUUUUUUUUUAAAAAAUUGAAUUUUAAAUCAAUUAUACCAAAACCAAUUGCAUAAUGGGAAUAUUAUUUUUGUAUUACGAUCCCAUGAAUGAAUUUGGAAAAUACAAGUUGGUCAUGGCUCAUAAUAGGGACGAAACAAUGGAAAAACCUUCAGAACCGGCUGAUUUUUGGGAAAAUAAUUCUAACAUUAUCAGCGGAAGCGAUAUUUUUCCCCGCAAUGGACGCAAUUAUUCCACAGAUUCCACAUCCAAAAAGGGAACAUGUUUUGGGAUUGACUUAAGAGGUAGAGUUGGCGCUUUUUUGGAUAUCGAAAAUAAUUAUAAUAGGCAUAACAAAGGAAACGAUGAAUAUGCACUUGAACCCGGGAGUGCAGCAUUAAGAAAUUUUUUUGAUUUUACCUCGAAGUCGUCGUCUAAUCAAGACAUGCCACUCGAAAGCUACCAGGAUGCUCUCAAAAAUGCUCGAGACAAUUAUAAAAAUUACCAACCUUAUCAAAUGAUAACGGGACAAUGUGGAUCUUUCUACCACUCCCAGCUUCAGAAGCAAAAUUCAAAAAGAGUAUUAUCACGUAACGACGAUUCGGGAUUUUUAGUACAACAUUAUGAUGACAAAAGACCUAUUGACGAUGAAACUAACAAAGGUUGGCAUUUUGAUUACACAAAUACAUUAUUGAAUAUCAAGGAAGAAUUGAAGUCGGGAACCAUACACGCCUUUUGUAGUUCCCGACAAAAUCCACAUUCCGAUAAUCCAUCCAAAGAAUGGAGAAAAAUUUCAGAAGGCAAAUUUGAAUUUAUGAAUAUAAUACAGGAAUAUGGUAUGGAUUUGACUCAAUACAGUCAACUGGCUAAACGAAUACUGGAAUUGAUGAAAAAUCAAUAUUUUUUCCUUCCUGACAAAAAUCUUGAAAAUGAGCUAACGUCUUUAGACUACGAUUCGGAGGACAUAAAAAGCAAAAGUUCAUUAUUCAUUGCACCCAAUUAUAUUGGCGAUAAAAAAAGUGUUCCUCAAUAUCCCAAUUUAGAAGAAUACUAUGGUACCAGGAAUAUAAAUUUAUUACUCAUCGAUGCCAAUAAUAAUGUCGAUUUUCUUGAGAGUCUGCUAUACUAUCCAACAUGCCUUAAGAACCAAGUAUGGAAUUCUACUAAAUUUUCUUUUAACCUUAAAGUUGGUUCUCAUAUCCAUUAGGAGAAAAAAGUGAUUUAAUCGAUAUUUAA